CUGUGUGUGUGUGUGUGUGUGUGUGUGUGUGUGUGUUCGUGUUCGUUCCUUCAUGAUGGCCGCUGCUCAGGACUCUCCUCUUUAUCUGGGAUUUGAUUUCAGCACGCAGCAGCUGAAGAUGGUGGCAGUGGAUGGAAACCUGAAGGUGGUUCACCAGAACAAUGUGCAAUUUGACUCCGAACUACCAGAGUUCAGAACUCAGGGCGGAGUUCAUAUUCACACAGACAGACUGACAGUAACCUCACCUGUGCUGAUGUGGGUGAAGGCUCUGGGUCUGCUAUUGGACAAGGCGAAGAGGGCGGGGCUUGACUUCUCCCGUGUCAGUGCAUUGUCUGGCAGUGGCCAGCAACAUGGCAGUGUGUACUGGAGAAGAGGAGCGUCUGAGACUCUGCAGCAGCUCGACCCGGAGCAGAACCUGCACCAGCUGCUGCAGGACAGUUUCUCAGUGUCUGACUGUCCUGUGUGGAUGGACUCAAGCAGCAGUCGGCAGUGUCAGGACCUGCAGGCAGCAGCAGGGGGAGCUCUAAGACUGGCAGAGAUCACUGGAUCCAGAGCAUACGAGCGUUUCACAGGAAACCAGAUCGCCAAACUGAGACAGACCCGACCAGACGAGUAUCAGGACUCUGAGAGGAUCUCAUUGGUCAGCAGCUUUGCAGCCUCUCUCUUCCGCGGUGGUUACGCUGCCAUCGACUACAGUGACGGUUCAGGGAUGAAUCUGUUGGACAUCAGGACCAGAAACUGGUCUGAGAUCUGCCUGGAAGCCACCGCUCCUCAUCUGGACCGACUGCUGGGAGCUCCACUGCCCUCCACAUCUAUACUGGGUCCCGUGUCCUCCUACUUUGUGCAUCGAUAUGGUUUCUCUGAGAGCUGCAGAGUGGUGGCUUUCACUGGAGACAACCCAGCAUCUCUGGCAGGAAUGAGGCUCCAGCAAGGAGACAUCGCUGUGAGUUUGGGUACCAGUGAUACAGUGUUUCUGUGGAUCCAGCAGCCUUGCCCGGCGUUGGAGGGUCACAUCUUCUGUAACCCAGUGGACUGGCAGGCGUUCAUGGCUCUGCUGUGCUUUAAGAAUGGUUCUCUGACGAGGGAACGAAUCAGGAACAAGUGUGCUGGAGGAUCAUGGGAACAUUUUUCAGUGGCCUUGAGAGAAACACCGCUUGGAAACAACGGAAACAUAGGCUUUUAUUUUGACACCUUGGAGAUCACACCUCCUGCAAUUGGAGUUCAUCUCUUCAACCAGGAUGACAACAAGGUGUCCUCACUGAGUCCUCAGGUGGAGGUUCGGGCGCUGGUGGAGGGUCAGUUUCUGUCCAGGAGGCUCCAUGCUGAGAGGCUGGGAUACUCCAUCAUUCCAGGAACCAGAGUGUUGGCAACAGGAGGAGCCUCAUCUAAUAAAGAGAUCCUGCAGGUUUUAUCUGAUGUGUUUAACGCUCCGGUUUACACCAUCGACCUGUCCAACUCUGCCUGCCUGGGGUCGGCCUACAGAGCUCUGCACGGCCUUGUUGCAGAAUCUGGAGUUUCCUUCUUUGAUGUGCUGAAGAGAGCACCGGAACCACAACUGGUCGCCACCCCGCAUCCUACUGCACAGGAGGUGUACGAUCACAUGCUGAAGCGCUUCGCCCGAUUGGAGGAGAAAGUCCUGCAGGAGACCUGCCCCUAAGCUACAGCCACCAAUCAGUGUCGUUGAAGAAGUGUGCGCCCUUUGAUGAAGAUAAUAAAAACUUCUUUUUUUUUUAAAAAACAACAACAAGAAACACUUGAUUUUGAAUACAGAUGAAAAGAAAUUUGGAAACCUGAAUUUGAUAAGUGAUAGAUUAGUACUGCUAGUCAAUCAAAAAUAAUUGAUUGAUGGCAGUGAAUUUUAAAGAGUAACUAAACCCUAAAACCAGCAGAUAAUCAUUGUUUCUGGUUGUAUAGUAGUGUUACUGACUGAUCCUGCUCAAUAUCUUGACAGUUUAGUGCAAACUGUUGAAAAUCUACAUUUUAUUUUAAAAAUGUGGUAUGGAGUGCCCUCUACAGCUUGAAACCUGGUUACUACAUUUGAAUUUACAUUACAUUACAUUGGAGGCGAAUGAUUAUUUUUCGAGGCGAAUGACGUCACUAACCGUCCACGCUAAAGCCUGCCCUCCUCCCUUUACUCCUCCCCUUACUAUAAAACCAUUCUGUCCGCAGAGAGAGCCAAGCCGUGAGGGAGGGAGGGGUGGAUGGAUGCGGUGGGCUGCUGCUCUGAGCCCAGGCUCCCAGAGAGGGAGAAAUAGAACCGGCCGCCUUGCCUUCUGCCCGUGUGACACAGUUAGGGGCGGUUUUCCAAGCCACCAUCGGCACAUGAAUAUAAGCUCCACUGUCGGCAGGGUGAAAAAAAGUCUAAGUGUGGAGAUGGGGAGAAGGGUGAACAGGGGGAAAGAGGCCGAGCUGCAGCCGCCUUCCCUUCUGCCUGUGUGACACAGUUAGGGGUGGUUUUCCAAGCCACCAUUGGCACAAUGAAAAUAAGUUGAAGUGUGGAGCGGAGGAGAGGGACCUCUCUCCCCGCAGUGAGGGACAAUCUUAACUCCGCCCCCUUCCUCAGCCGCUCGCCUGUCUCACCCCCUCCCUCAGCUCCGCCUAUCUUUUCUGAACUUUUUGAAAUCAAGCUGUGGGCGGAGUAAUGCCCAGAGAGGGGGUUUAGUUCCCAUUUAACACAUUCUCAUCCACCACUCCAACCUGCCUCCUUACCCACUCAGGACUGCUUCCUUGCUUACUUUCAUCAGUGCACUGUCACAUGAUUGCAGCCUUUCAAAAUACGUAGAAUAUGUACAAAUUUGGGCGCAUUACUUUUUGUAGGCAAAUAUAUGAUAUCUUACUAUAUAAUGAUGAAAACUCUGUCUGUCUGUGGGUGUGUGGGUGUGUCUGUGUCUGACUUGGUCAAUCCAUGUGAAAUUUGGCACAGUGGUAGAGGGUAAUGGGAGGAUGCGAAUGAAGCAAUAUUACAUCAGUUGACCAAAGGGGGGCGCUAUAGCAACCGAUUGAAAUUGCAAACUUUGAAUGGGAAUACCUCAUGCCUUGUAUGUCAUAGAGACAUGAAACUUUGCACAGAGAUGCCUCUCCUCAUGAGGAACAAAUUGCCUCAAGAACCUAUAACGUCCGGUUAUAUAGAUUUUCCAUCAUUUUGAAUUUAAAAAAAAAAAAUUAAAAAAAAAGUUCAUCUCUUCCAAGGAAGUUUGACCGACCUGCAUGAAACUCGGUGAACAUAAUCUAGGGACCAAUAUCUAAAGUUCCCUCUUGGCAAAAGUUGGAAAACUUAUGAAAACUGAGCUUCUAUAAAGCAAUAAAUAUUGCGGAGGGCGUGGCUCAUCACAUAAAGGUGUAUAACAUCUCAAGGGUUUCACCGAUCACCACGCAACUUUGUAGGCAUAUGACCACACAUAAUCUGAGGGGACCCCUCCAUUAUUGACCCAAUCAAACAAAAUGGGGGCGCUGGAGAGCUAAUUUCCUAUCUAGGCCUAACAGCCAUAUUGAUUUUUACUAAAUAUUUGAAGGUUUUCUUAUAUUCAGGCAGAACAGGAUGUAAGGAGAUGUGUUUUACCUGCUUGACCAUUUCGACUGAGACUGCAGUCUUCCUCAGAAGCGUCAUCUGACGUGCUGCUGACGUGUCAUAUAUUAGCUGGUAGGCCUGACAGACCAAUCAGAGUCUGUCAGGCCUACCAGCUAAUAUAUGACACGUCAGCAGCACGUCGGAUGAUGCACAGACCAAUCAGAGUCUAUCAGGCCUACCAGCUAAUAUAUGACACGUCAGCAGCAUGUCGGAUGACGCUUCUGAGGAAGACUGGAGUCUCAGUCGAAACUGUCAAGCAAGUAAAACACAUCUCCUUACAUCCUGUUCUGUCUGAAUGUAAGAAAACCUUCAAAUAUUCUAAAUAAGAAGACAGUAUGAACCUUAUCAAUCGAUUUUUACUAAACUUGGUAGAUAUGUAGAACAGGACGCCUCAAGGUGAAUGGACAAAUUUAACUCUGCUUAAAAAUGGCAAAAAUGCAACUGAUCGCUGUGGCUCCCCCUUUGGCCGAAUGUUUGUUUGUUUUUUCUAAUUUUUGGUAUGACUAAGUCAUGGUAUGGUAUGCUGUACAUAAUCACGGAAACUGUCAGUGUGUCAUUCUGUCAUUCUACCAGUGCACCCCACUUUUAAGUCAAUACAACAUAUAAACACUUUAACUAUCUGCCUUUCAACGUGCUACCUCAACUACUAAUGUACAGUUUUAGCCCACUAACUAUCCCACUAUUGGCAAUGGUACUACUGUACUUUCAAUAAAGCAAUCGUACUAUCAAAUUCACAAAAACUCUGUCUGAAUACAUUGCUCUUCUUAAUGGGUUCAGUUGACUAUUUAAUCUGCAAUUUCCUAUGACCUGUAUCCCAAACAUACACCAUGUGAAACUGUACAUGGGCAACUGUGCACUCAAUGGGUAUGGACUAGUAUAUAUAUAUAUAUAUUCUGCAGGAAGGAGUCCCAAAACCCGGAAAUUAGUUAGCCUUGUGCGGACUCCCAGUUCCCUCAUCACGAUGGUAGUAGGUUUUUUGAAUAUGUUUUUGGUUGGAUGUCUGAAAUACAAUCUGUGGUUAACACAAGCUGAAGAGAUGUUCAUGUUUUGUUCUAUGACAUAAAAUGAGUCAGUAAAUACCCCACUGUGAAUUUAGGAGCUUCUUUGUGACUUACCUAACAAGUUGCUACAAUAGACUAAAGAAUGCCAUUGCGCUGAACACAGCCUUACUGUUAAAGCUGG